AUGGGCCGUGGGCCCCGAGGCGGCGCGGGCCGCCCGCCUCGCCGCCUGCUGCCGCUGCUGCUACUGCUGGGCCUGGCCGGUGGUGCCGCCGGAGCGCCGGGCGCCGACGUUUAUGAUUCAGACUUAGAUAUUUGUGCUACCUGCCAUGAACAUGCUACAUGCCAGCAAAGAGAUGGGAAGAAGAUCUGUAUUUGCAACUAUGGAUUUGUGGGCAACGGGAGGAUGCAGUGUGUAGACAAAGAUGAGUGUCAGUUUGGAGCCACUGUGGUCUGCGGGAACCACACAUCUUGCCACAACACCCCCGGCGCUUUCUACUGCGUUUGCCUGGGAGGCUAUCGAGCCACAAACAACAAUAAGACAUUCAUUCCCAAUGACGGCACCUUCUGCACAGACAUCGACGAGUGUGAAGUUUCUGGCCUGUGCAGGUACGGAGGACGCUGCGUGAACACUCAGGGGAGCUUUGAAUGCCACUGUAUGGAUGGGUAUUUGCCCAAGAAUGGGCCCUCGCCUUACCACCCAGCCAGAGACGCCACGCUGUGCACAGAACUAGACUGUGGCACCCCUCCCGAAGUCCCAUAUGGCUACAUUGUAGGAAAUUUCACCUCUCGGCUGGGCAGCCAGGUUCAUUAUGCUUGCAAAGAUGGCUUUUUCAGUGCCACCAAAGACACAGUUUCAAGAUGCACAGCCUUGGGUACAUGGGAGACCCCCAAAUUAUACUGCCAAGAGAUCGACUGUGGCAGCCCUCCUCACGUGCCGGCCGCCAUCUUGGUCGGCAACCCCAGCUCCAGCCCGGGCGCCGUGGCUCACUAUGAGUGCCAGGAGGGCUUUGAGAGCCCUGGAGGAAAGAUCACCUCUGUUUGCACAUCGAAAGGCGUCUGGAGAGAGAGCACUUUAACCUGCACAGAAAUGAUGACAGAGAUAAGGAAUGUAUCCGUGUUUAAUAACACUUGUGUGAGGUGGCAAACAAAGUCAGGAAGAAUGAACUUGGAGAUCAUGUAUGUGAUACAUGUAAAAGGACAACGGUUGGACCCUAUGGAAGUAGUUCACGAGGAGACAGUCAACUUGACCACCGUCAGCAGGACCUCAGAAGUGUGCCUCGACCUGCACCCGGGCACCAACUACACCGUGAACAUUUCUGCAGCUCCUCCCAGGCGCUCUGCAUCUGCCGCCAUUGUUUUCCAGACAGCUGAAGAUGACCUCUUAGAAGAUGAUGGACUUUUUAAUAUUUCAAUAUUUAACGAAACUUGUUUGAAACUAAACAGGCAUGCUGUCAAAGUCGGAUCAGAACGAAUGUACCAAUUUAGAGUUCUGGGCCGAAGGUGGUAUCUGGACGGCUUUUAUCACGUGCUAGCGUUCAACAUCACGACGCGGGAUCGAGCUCCCGUGGCAUGUUUGGACCUGUACCCGACGACUAAUUAUACAGUGACUGUCACCCUCCUGGGAUCUCCUGAACAGCACUCGGCGCAAGUCACGAUUAGGACGGCACCAGCAGUGAAACAAACCAUCAGUAAUAUUUCCGUGUUUAAUGACACCUGCUUGAGAUGGAGAAGUCAGAAGACAGCUGGUACAGAAGAGAUGUACUUAUUCCACAUUCGGGGCCAGAGAUGGUAUCAGAAGGAAUUCUCCCAGGAAAUGGUCUUCAACACCACGAGCAGCAGCCAGGCGCCCACCAUGUGCUUGGACCUGCGUCCGGGUACCAACUACAGUGUCCGCCUCCAGGCUUUGUCUGCUGAACUUCCUGUGUUCGUCUCCCUGACAACCCAGAUAACAGAGCCUCCUCUUCCGGAAGUAGAAUUUUUUACAGUACAUGGAGGGCCUCCACCACGCCUCGUGUUGAAGAGAGUCAAAGAGAUAAAUGGCCCUAUCAGUUCAUAUCAGGUGUUGGUGCUCCCCCUGGCCCUCCAAAGCACAUUUUCCUGUGAUUCGGAGGGGGCUGCCUCAUUCUUUAGCAAUGGCUCUGAUGCUCAUGGGUAUGUGGCUGCAGAAGUACCGGCCCAAGAUGUUCCAGAUGAUGCCGUUGUAGAGAUAUCUAUUGGAGACAGGCUGUACUAUGGGAAAUACUACAAUGCACCUUUGAAAACAGGGGAUGAUUACUGCAUUAUAUUACGAAUCACAAGUGAAUGGAAUAAGGUGAGAAGAUGCUCCUGUGCAGUGUGGGCUCAGGUGAAAGAUGGCAGAUGGAGGUGCUACUGCCGGGGCAGGUGUUCUGACAAGUGGCCCGCACAGAGGCCCCAUGGGACUUCCAGCCGUGGAACGUGUGCACCCGCAACUUUCCCCACUCCCCGCUUGGCCUCAUUCCUGGAUUCCAGAUGGUGACUGUCUCUGUAGAGUCCCAACCCCAGAGGGCUUCACCACGACAGGACCAGUUCUGUGUCUUUGAGCCUGAAACUCCUGGUGUCCAGUGUAAUCAGGCUACAGGCCGCCUGGGUCUGGGCUGGGAUCCUCUGAGCGAUGCCCGAGGGUCAGCUCCUGUGGACAAGAUCUCUGCCUUGGCCUCUAGAGCAGCUCUGUUCAUUGACUCAGAAUCCACUUAUGUCCAGCCUGCAGUGAGAUUGAAUUUGACUGUAUGAAGGAAGCCUUGAAAAGGGUAGAGAACAUCGACAAGGGCAAACAUUUCAAGCAACUCUUUCCCCGUAUUUAACCGGUGUACUAAUUAGAAGUUCUACAAGCCUGGUCGUGCCACUAAGUCCCUUGUAAUUGUAUCAGGCAGCAUGGCUUUGGUACAUUUCCGCUUGUUCUGUAUAUUCAAAACUAAUGUCUGCAUUCCAAUAAGAAUGUUUUUGUUGUUG